AUAAAGGAAGAAGAAGAAGAAGAAGAAGAAGAAGAGGAGAUGGGUAGGCGCUUCAAGGCACCAGUCUUCGCUGCCUCCGACGUGCCCGUCGACGCCAAGCGCGAGGCGGCAAAGCCGACAAUCUCGCCAGAGGCCAAGGCAUCCCCACCUGCACCCAAGGUCUUAGUAGAGGAUGAGGAAGAGCUCGAGGAGCUGUUUCGCUCGGAGGCUCCACUGCAGCUCCGGCGAGGCCCCCACCCAGCGCUGGCUCUGGGCGUCGUAUUCCUGGCCUGUUUAUUCGUCACAGCGCUGGUCAUCUACACGUUCACAGACAGCGUGGAACCGACAACGGCACUGGCUGCAGUAACCGUUCGCGCGCUACAGUCGCCACCUGCUGCCGGAAAAAAUGUCACCAAUGUUGCGGAGGCCCUGGAAGCUGAGGAAGAGUACAAGGCUACAGAUGAAAACUCGGGCAUCAGUACUAACACCGUGCGGCCAACCAGGAGUGGCACGUACGACGAAUCAUAGUGGGCAAAGGGCGUUGACCGGAAAGCACUUUACCCUCUUUGCUUUUCAAAAGUUCGCUAUUAGUGCA